AAAUACUUCCCUUUCUUCCCAGAAGCAGGAGGUUUUAUUUAAAAUAAAGCUGUUUAUUUGGCAUUUCUGGAAGACCCUUUUCUGAGGAACCACAGCAAUGAAUGGCUUUGCAUCUUUUCUUGGAAGAAAACAGUUUAUCCUCCUGGUACUAUUUCUUUUGCAAAUUCAGAGUCUGGGUCUGGAUAUCAAUAGCCGUCCUACCGCUGAAGUCUGUGCAACACACACAAUUUCACCAGGACCCAAAGGAGAUGAUGGUGAAAAAGGAGACCCAGGAGAAGAGGGAACGCAUGGAAAAGUGGGACCCAUGGGGCCAAAAGGAAUUAAAGGAGAACUGGGUGAUAUAGGAGAUCAGGGCAACAUUGGCAAGACUGGACCCAUCGGCAAGAAGGGUGACAAAGGAGAAAAAGGUUUGCUUGGAAAACCUGGAAAAAAAGGCAAAGCAGGUACUGUCUGUGAUUGCGGAAGAUACCGGACAUUUGUUGGACAACUGGAUAUUAGUAUCGCUCGGCUCAAGACAUCUAUGAAGUUUGUCAAGAAUGUCAUAGCAGGGAUUAGAGAAACUGAAGAGAAAUUCUACUACAUCGUGCAGGAAGAGAAGAACUACAGGGAAUCCCUAACCCACUGCAGGAUUCGGGGUGGAAUGCUAGCCAUGCCCAAGGAUGAAGCUGCCAACACACUCAUCGCUGACUAUGUUGCCAAGAGUGGCUUCUUUCGGGUGUUCAUUGGCGUGAAUGACCUUGAAAGGGAGGGACAGUACGUGUUCUCAGACAACUCUCCACUGCAGAACUAUAGCAAUUGGAAUGAAGGGGAGCCCAGCGACCCCUCUGGUCAUGAGGACUGUGUGGAGAUGCUCAGCUCUGGCAGAUGGAAUGACACAGAGUGCCAUCUUACCAUGUACUUUGUCUGUUUACCUGCAUGAGUUUUAUUCACCUUAGGCAUGGGAAAUGAGGGAAGGAGUUUGCGAUGCCUUAAGAAAAUUCCGGAAGCUUCAAAGUACUACCAACAUCAUCUCCAGGCCUCCUUCUCCUUGCCUCUAACCUAUCACUCAUGGUGACAUUUCAUGGGAGGUCUUUUAUUCUUCAUAAAUGUAUGUGGUAAAUAUCCUACCACAGAUGUCCUUUCUAAUACUCUGACAUCACAGAAAUGUGUGAGGUACAGAAUUUGGAACAUGCCUAGAACUCGCAUUUACUGUGCUGAUAAAAUUCUACCUUGAACUGCAGAUCAAACCUCAAAGCAGCUUUCACUUGGAAUUUAAAAAUAAACAGUUCAGAGAUACUCUAGAUUAUCACCCUAUAAACUGCUGCUCCAGUUAUGGUUUGUGGCAUAGGAUUAGACUGUUUUAAAUGCUGGCAAAAUGGUUAAUGAAAUAAGAGAAACAGAUCAACAACAUAUGUUCACCUUAAACCAUCUGUUCAUGAUUUCACUCAUGACUAACUGGUUAUGAGAUAGGAUUUAAUUAGGUUAUUUCUGUGGGUUCAACGAAGGCCAUAAACUCAGAUCCUACAGGGGCCAGGCAGAUGAUGUAUGUAAAUGAAGUGGAAUAGAUGGGGACCCUAGUGCACUGAGCACAGCUUCCCCUUCCAAAGGAACCGGCUGCUCCUCAGCGGCUGUUACUGGUUCUAGGGAGGACCCAAUCUUGCUACAUGUGCCGAUAUUCCAAGAGAAGUCAGAAAGCUGGGACUUUGUAACAUAUCCUCAUAUUUUAAAAUGCUGGCAGUGAAUUAAUUUUUAACCUAAACUUUAAGUCAUAUGGGUUAACAUUUAAUUAAAAUUACAGAUUAGAGGUCAAAAGUCUUCUAGCCAAAAUUAUGAUUAUUUUAUUUCUUAAUUCUGGAGUAAGGUUUAGAAUUUUCUAACCAAAUGGAAUGCCACUAGGACAUGAUGACAUCAAAGUCAAGAUGUCCCAUUAAUACCUUAUUCCAUUGAGCUUAAUAAUAGGAAUUUGUUAUAUGUUUGGACAUUUAUCAGGUUACUAGGUAAACGCUUUGGAGAUGAUAGCACAUGAUAUUUUAAAGGCAGAAAAGUUGAAUAAAAAUUACAAAGAAGGACCAUCAUAUCAAAGCCAGUAUCCUUGGAUAGAAAGCCAUCCCAGAUCCGAGCAAUAAAAACCCAGAAACACCUGUAGGAAAAUAAAGCUCAUAUGUAAGAAGAUAGGAAGGAGAGACAUGCGGCAAAUGUUGCUGAUGGGCAGCUUCAUGUUAAAGAUCCAUGUUCUGAUUUUCUGUAAGCCCCCAAAGUGUGAACAUUUGUUGUGUAUACUGUAGUCACUAUUAUUACUAUGAAUGUUAUAGUAUUAAUAGUUCUCUCAAUGACUCAUCUUUGCUGUGAUGCUUCAAAAAAAAAAAUAUUAACAGAACUUCAGCCAAUAAGGUGUAUCCUGCAACCUUUCCUGAAUGAAAUUUUGAAGGCACCACACCAUUAAUUAAAAUUAUUAUGAAAACUCAAAUUUUUGAACCACUUUGUGCUUAAUAAAAUGCCUUCACAUAUCAUUUUUUAUUUGAUUCUGAUAAACUCUGUGAAGGAUGAAAAACAAUCAAUUUUACUGCCACUUCCCAAUGAUAAUACUGAGACCCAAGGAAGCUAAGCACUUUACCAAAAUCAGCUCACAUAUAAAAGAAAUCAAUGCCUUUAGCCUGCUGCUUCAAACUGCCAAUGCAGUGUCUUCUCCAAUCUCUGUGCAUUACUCAUGUAUGGAAUGGAAUUUCAUCCACAAUGAUCUUGUGAUAGCAGGGGCUCAAAUGACUUAUCUGCACUACAUUCCAAAGUUAAAGGUGAUGAUUAAUUCACAGAGAUGAUGGGGAACCAGAAAGUUGCCUUACAAAUUUAGUUUUCACUGGUUUGUUUUUUAAUUCACAAAUGUCCACAUAAGCCAUUAGUGUUGAGGAGGUAAAUUACGGCAGCAGUAGUACAAUUCUGCAGAUAACUACAGAUAUAGGGCAAUCAAAUCAGAUACAUAAAAAUCAAGACUUGCCCCAAAUAAGAAUGAGCAAAUAAUUAUUGUCCCCAUAAAAGAAUUCACUAGAGAAGUGAGUCACAGCUCAAACACAGUAGAAAAGUGUACACCCUUAUUAUAGAAAGACAUAGCAAGUGUUGAUUGCACUUUGGACAACUCACCCGCAAACACUGCCGGCAUUUUAAAAAUGCAUUUCAUCUGUUUAGAUCUGUGUUACUCAAAUAUGAGCAGCUCUAAUUGUCAUUAAUCGAACAAUUUCCAGCUCUCUGGAUUGCAUACUUUGAGGUAACACGAUACUUGUGGAAUAGGAAAAGUAAGCUAUACAGCAUCACUCACAGCAUCAACAUACUGAGACUAAAUUUUCUCAGUUAUUAUCAAUGUUAGGAAAAUGACAGUGUGAUUCCAUCCGGGGUAGCACUGGUUUGACAGCAUCACUUAGAAAUUAAAAGUCUAGAUCUGAUAUCACAACUGCCCAAAGGCCACAGCAGCUGUGCUUCUUACUAGCCAUAUUAGGAGAGUAUCUAAACCUCGCUUUUCUAAUCUAUAUGGUUCUUCCUCUCAUAAUGUCGUGACAAAUAAAAGCAGCAAUACAAUGAGGUAUCCAGCAGAGUACCAGUAAAAUAAGUUAUAUGAAUACAAAGACACUUAGUCAUUACUACCAACUGCAUCUACUACCAGAUGCAUGUUGGAGAGAAACAAAACGUAUUUUAACAUGUAUUAAAAAUUACCUAUGUGAAUAUAUGUCUAUCAUAUGUAUACUAUACACA